AUGCUUUCAGGAAGUUGGUGUGUCCUUUUAGAAAGGAAAAUUUCUGUAAAUGAUAGUGAUGCUUUAAAAGCUAGACUGGAACUGAGGGAAGAGAAUCCCUUCGUGGUGGCUGCAAAUACGCCUCAUUGGAUUAAUGAGCUGGAAGUGCUGAGCAUGGAUCACACUGGCCUGAACCAGAAAGGGCUACAGGUGCCAGGAAACAUUAUCUAUUCUAGCUUGUGUGGACUGGACUCAGAACAAGAUCUAGAGGCUCUCAUGAGCAUUCCAGGUAGCCUUGGGUUUUCUUCAGAAGGAAAUCCAGAGAUGCAGUUAAAACCAAGUAUACACAAGACAGUAGCAACUUCUACUGUUUCUGGAAAACCCCCAGAAGACUUUAGUGCUGUAUGCAAAACACUGCCUGAAAUAGAAAAAAGUGCUGUAGUUACAGUGGAAACACUGGGCUUGGACAAUCCUGCCAGCAACAAAGUCAACCCUCUCAACAUCAGUGGUGCUAGUUACCUGCAGCUGCCCUGGGUUAAUCCUUACAUGGAGGGUGCCAUACCAGCCAUCAACCCUUUCCUUAACUCACCAAAUACGAAUUCACAGAACGUAUGCAAUGCUUUGCUACCUCAGCAGUCCUACAGCUUGGCUCAGCCACAAUAUUCACCUGUCUGCACUGAUAAGGAGUGCUUUGUGUGUCUGCCACCACCUCACUAUGUCAAUCCCCACAUCUCGUCAUCCUUGGCAUCACACAAGAGUCUUUCAACACCUUUGGGCUCUCCAGCCAUCCCACCUGCUGUCCACUGUGCAGAGAAAAGUCUGCUGUGGACGAUGGGUGUCAGUCCUGGUAACCGUGUUGAUUCCUAUGCCUAUCCACAUAUCCAAAAUAGUAAACAGCCUAGGGUCUUCUCUGCCAAGGUGGUCACCAGUUGCUUGCCAGAGAACAAGACUCUCCUUUUCUCCCCCUCACCGCAGCUGUCAUCCCAGGUCCACUUUCCCACCCAGCCUGCUGCAGAUACCUACUCUGAGUUCCACAAGCACUGUGCCAGGAUCUCUACCUCUCCUUCAUUCACCGCAUUGAAGCCAUAUAUGAUGGUCGGCAGUGAGUUCCCCACGGCCGGGCUUUCCAACAGCAAGUGUCCCAAGGCUCUGGAAGGGGGUGAAAAUGCCUGGGAGACAGUCAUUCAAGACAGGAAAGAUUGUUGCUCAUCUCCUCUGUUGGAGAAGCAGACCAUCACCAAAAAUAUCACAAAUAAGCCACCGAACAUGUCCUUUAAAAUGUUAGAUGUAAAUUCUUCCAAAGCUGAGCACAUGAAAAAGAUGGUUCCCACAAUCCCAAAUCACAGUAAGACUGGAAGUGGCUUAGUGCUCUCUGGAAAUGAGAUUCCUCCAGGAGCUGGCUGUGCUGUCUAUAGAUCUGAAAUCACUAGCACUGCUCCCUCAUCCUGGGUGGUGCCCAGGCCAAGUCCUAGCAAAGCAAACAAUAGCAAAAGCAUGCUGAAGAAUGAGAUGUUGGACUGGAAAAUACUUCAGCAGCAGAGUUCUUCAUAUCCUUGCAUGGGUGACACAGACGCCAUGAUCACUAAUGUUUCAGGGUCAGUGUUGAGAGAGACCCACCCAGCCUUUAUGUUGCCAGCCCUCAGUGCCAGUACAUAUGGCACCAAUGUCAACAGGAGCUCUAUGGAAACCACUACAUCUGUUAUUCAAUAUCUGGGCCAGCCCUUGAGAAUGCCUGCCAAGCACAGUGGAAGCACCAACAGCAGGGGUGCUAAAGCCAGGGAUCAAAAACCAAAUUUCAAAGCAAAUGAGAAUGGCCUCCCACCGCACUUAAUAUUUCUAUCUCCAAAUGAGGCAUUCAGGUCCCCUCCAGUUUCCUGCCCUAGGAGUAAUCCCCCUUUCUUGGCACCCGAGGGUGCUGCUGUAAGUUCCCUCUCCUUACAUGGUGAAGGACCUGUUUACCCCCACCCAGAUUUGUUACCCAGUGGCAGUCUGUUUCCUGGGCACCCUGCCCCCAAACCUGGACUGCCCUAUGGGCCGCCCACAGGCUGGUCAGAGUUUGUUACCUACCAAGGUGCCAUGGGGUUGGGCAGGGUGCAUCCCAUGUUAAUGCCAGACACACCCAUAGAGAUCACUAAAGAGAAGAAACCAGAGAGGAAUUCCUGGUCCCAUGAGAGCGACUGCUAUGAGCACCCAAACCUCCAUAAUCAGUUUUCUGAGAUUUCGGAAGCUAGCAACAUCAAGUUACGUACAGAAGUUCCCAAUGACAAAAACCUAAAGUUGAACCCCGCAUGGAAUCAAGGGAAGACUAUUGUCAAAAGUGACAAGCUUGUCCAUGUAGACAUUCUACAAGAAGAACUAGAUACUAAAAGAGAUACAAAUGUGUCUAAACCUGGCUUUUCAGUGGAGAGUGUUGGCCAAAGUGCUGAGCCCACCAAUCCCCCAAAUGAUCCAGCACUGCAGCAACACUGCAAUUUCAUCACCAUGAGAAAGGAGUUGGGGCACAUCAGUGACUUCCAUGAAGCUUAUACUUUCAAACAGACUACAGGCCAGUCAGUCUUCAGCUCAAGCACAGACAGUGUUCCAGCAGGUACUGAGAAAGAGAAUUUAGGGGUGCCAAUCUUGACUCCAUUCCUGGAGCCAACCCUGGUGAGUGAUGGUAGUGCCAUAACUUUUGAUAAAACCCAAGAGGAUCCCAAGCCACUUUGUGUAGGCAGUGCCACAGUGAGUGUGGAUGUCACCCCCACUUAUACCAGAGGUGGAACUGAUGAAGCAGAAUCAAAUGAUGGCAGAGUUCUGAAAUUGAAGGCCUCUAAGCUGGCAAAGAGAAUUGCAAACUCAGCAGGUUAUGUGGGUGACCGAUUGAAGUGUAUCACUACUGAACUGUAUGCAGAUUCCAGUCAGCUCAACAGGGAGCAGCGGGCAUUGCAGCAUGCAAUGAUGCGCUUCUCAGAGUUAGAGAUGAAAGAGAGAAAAGGUGGCCACUCAGCAACCAAAGACUCCAAAAUAUCCAAAUUUAGUCCAGUUGAUUGUGAACAAUGGAAAGGAAAUCAGGACAAAAAGCUGAAGUCGACCAUUGCCAACUCAAACAACAGUGAGAAAUGUGACUAUAGUGGUGGAAAUAAACACCAUGAUCCCUUUAAAGCCUCAGAGGAUGAAGAUCUUCCUGUGACAUACUUCAUGGAGAGACAGCUUGUAAGAGAGCUGCCCAUCAGUGAGGUAUCUGCAGACAUGUCACAUAGCCUUACCCCUCAGCUGGACAGGAAACGCAAAGUCUCAGGUUACAGCAGCCAUACUGAGACUACUGUGGUAGAUCUGCCAGAGGACCUUCUGCUGAAAGCCAAACAAAGACGAGUCUCUAAAGGGCUCAAUCCUAAAACACACCACCACUCUCUGGACCUUAGAGAAUGGUGGGAACCACAGGUAUCAGCAGCAGAGAGCAAACCUAGCCAGCAAAGCAGGAAGGAAAUGGUUCAGGCAGUUCAGCGUGAGGUCACUGGCCAGGGGAAUAACAUCACUGAAGAGAAACACAGCAGGAAAAGGGCAGAGGCCAAAGGCAGCAGAAGCUGGUUGGAGGAGUCACUCAGAUCCACUGACAAUAAACAAGGCUUGCCUGUGUUCUCCUGCUGUCUGCCCACGAAGAGCCUUUCAUCCACCAGUGCAAGCAGCAAAGAGCAGACUCAGCCAAACUCCCUGCCAGCCUUGAGGCCACCUGCCAAACAGCAGAAAAUUAAAGAAACCCUUAAAACGGAUAUACUGUGCACUGGUGAAGAGGGUUGGCAGGCUCCCUCCCUGCUGGAGAAAUGUACCAACAAGAGUGAGAAACCAUCUGGGAAGAGACUGUGUAAAACCAAGCAUUUGAUACCCCAGGAACCCAGGCAAGGGUUGUCACUGACACAAGACUACUAUAUGGAGAAUGCUGAUGGCAAGGUGACUGUCCAGAGAUUCAGAAAGUGGCCAGAGUCCAGUUUGGACUGUGUUCUGCCACCAGCCAAGCAAGAGCCAAAGCCCUUCGACCACUUGGAGCAGUUUCCACCAGCUUCCCAGUCAUCACAGCUGCCAUGUUCAAGUUAUCCUCAAGAAACUAUCCGGUCUCGCCCAAUGCCACUAGGAGCACGGAGACCUCCUGUCAAUAAGAACACUGGUGAAACCCUCCUGCAGCGGGCAGCCAGGCUGGGCAAUGAGGAAUUAGUCUUGUACUGCCUGGAGAACAAGAUUUGUGAUGUGAAUCACCAAGACAAUGCAGGUUACUGUGCCCUUCAUGAAGCUUGUGCAAAUGGAUGGCUCCACAUUGCACAACACCUUCUUAGAUAUGCUGCUGAUGUCAACUGCAGUGCCCAUGAUGGAACCAGGCCUCUCCAUGAUGCAGUUGAAAAUGAUCAUUUGGAAAUUGUUCGCCUACUCCUUUCCUAUGGUGCCGACCCCACAUUGGCCACGUACUCAGGUAGAACCAUAAUGAAAAUGACUAACAGCAAACUUAUGGAAAUGUUUCUUACAGAUUAUUUAAAUGACCUACAGGGUUGCAAUGACAGUGAGUUGAAUGGCUCUUGGGAGUUUUAUGGCAGCUCUGUCUGUGAACCAGAUAAUAAAGCUGGAUAUAAUGUUUUGGCAGACCCCCCGGGACCAGAGGAUCAGGAUGAUGAAAAUGAGGCUAACAGCAAUGUGUUUGAAUUUGAAUUUUCAGAUAGCCCCCUAUUACCAUGUUAUAAUGUUCAAGUGUCUGUUUCUCAGGGGCCACGAAACUGGUUAUUGCUUUCAGAUGUGCUUAAGAAAUUGAAAAUGUCAUCCUGCAUAUUCCGCUGCAGUUUUCCAAAUGUGGAAAUUGUCACAAUUGCAGAGGCAGAGUUUUAUAUGCAAGUUUCAGAAAGUGUAUUGUUCUCUUGCUCAGAGGACUUGGAAGCCUUCAAUCCAGAAAGCAAGGAACUAUUAGAUUUGGUUGAAUUCACAAAUGAACUUCAGAUUCUUCUUGGCUCCUCUGUGGAAUGGUUAAAUCCCAAGAAUAUGUCCUUGGAGAAGGACAACUGA